AUGGUUGGAAAUGAUCCUACAAAACAGCUGACUAUAAAGGAGACAUGGAAGGAAAUGAGCUCCAGAAUGAAGUCAUACGGAAAGAACUUCGCUACUCUUGGAUUCUUGUUUUCUGGUAGGACUAUCUUGAUGGUAUUUACCGAUACCGGUUCAAACUUUAUAGGUACUGAAUGCAUACUUGAGACUGUACGUGCGAAAAGUGAUUGGAGAAACGGGACCUACUCUGGAGCAAUCGUUGGAGCCCUUUUUGGUCUACGUGCUGGGAUAAAACCUGCUAUGUGGGGCGCAGCCGGCUUUGCUGCCUUUUCCACCGUCAUCGACUACUAUAUGAAAGGAUUUUGA